AUGGCUGAGAAGCCAUUCGAGUGCGCCGUGUGCGGGAAGAAGUUUUGCACAUCCGGCGAGCUUGAAGGCCAUGGGCGAACUCACACAGGAGAAAGGCCGUUCGAGUGCACGUGGUGCCAGAAAAAGUUCUCUUCAUCAAGCUCUUUGUACAUUCAUCUGAGAACCCACACCGGAGAGAAGCGGUUCAACUGCACAUUGUGCGUGAAGAAGUUUGCUGGUUCUCAGCACCUUAAAGAGCACCAGAAAACGCAUACAGGUGAAAGGCCUUAUGAGUGUUCCGCAUGCCUCAAUAGGUUCUCUACAGCUUCGGGCUUGCGAGUUCAUCUGCGCCGACAUACAGGAGAGAAGCCGUUCGAGUGCACCUUUUGCGGGAAUAAGUUCUGCACAUCUCACGAGCUGAGAAGUCACCUCGGUACUCACACAGGAGAAAAGCGAUUCGGGUGCACUGGCUGUCAGAAAAAGUUCUCUUCAUCGAGUCGAUUGAAAGCUCAUCUUCGGACCCACACGGGUGAGAAACCGUUCAAAUGUACUCUGUGCGAGAAGAUGUUCUCUCAAUCUGGAAAACUUAAAGAACACCAGAAAAAGCAUACAGGAGAAAAGCCAUUUGAGUGUUCCUUGUGCCAGAAGAAGUUUACUACAGCUGGGAGCUUGCGAAGACAUCUGUACCAUCACACUGGGGAGAAACCUUUUGAGUGCACCAUAUGCCUAAAGACCUUUUCUUGGCCUGGCAACCUUCAAAUGCAUUUCAAAACACACACAGGGGAGAAGACCCGGCGGAUCCGUCUGCCAACCCACACCGUAGAGAAGAGGUUCAAAUGUGUCUUGUGCGAGAAAAAAUUCUCCAAAUAUAUCAACCUGCGUCGACAUCUGCAGAGAAUCCACACAAAAGAAAAUACGUUCGAGUGCGUAGUUUGCCAGCGCACGUUCUGCACGCCUAGUGAGCUACGGCUGCAUUUGCGUCGAUUCCACACAGAAGAAAAGCCGUUUGAGUGUGCCAUGUGCGACAAGAAGUUCUGUACGUCUGCCGAGCUCAGAAGUCACCUCCGAACCCACACAGACGAGAAACCCGAGAAGCUGUUCGAGUGCACCAUAUGCCACAAGAAGUUUGCUAGGGCAACUCAUUUAGAGUCUCAUGUGAGCACCCAUACAAAAGAAAAACAUUUUCAGUGCACAGUGUGCAUGAAGAAGUAUACCACUGCUGGCUAUGUGCGUAUUCAUAUGCUAAAACAUUCAGGCGAGAAAUCAUUCGAAUGCACUGAGUGUGUCAGCAAGUUCUAUACCUCUGCCGAGCUACAAUCGCAUAUCCGAACCCACACCGGAGAGAAGCCGUACGAGUGCACCGUGUGUAGGAUGAAAAUUUCUACACUCGGCGGUCUUAAAUGUCACCUCCGAACUCACACAGGAGACAAGCCGUACGAGUGCAUCGUUUGCCAAAAAACGUUUUCUAUACGGGGCAACAUGCAUAGACACAUGCGGUUGCACACGGGAAAGAAGCAGUAUGAGUGCACAGUGUGUAAAUGGAAGUUCUACGACUCUGGCAAUCUGAAAGCCCACAUGAGAACCCACACUGGUGAGAAGCCACACCAGUGCUCUAUCUGUGAGAUGAAAUUUAGUGUAACAAGCGCCUUGCGUUCUCAUCUGCGAACGCAUACCGGAGAGAAGCCGUUCGCGUGCACAGUGUGCGGGAAGAAGUUCUCUGAAGCAAGUGCCUUGCGGGGUCAUCUGCGAACCCACACUGGAGAGAAGCCGUUCGAGUGCUCUGUGUGUAAAAUGAAGUUUUCUAUUGGAGCUAACUUUCGAAGGCACAUGAGAACAGUCCACUCCGGAGAGAAACCGAGAGACCAUUCAGUGGAGAAGGUCGGCUCGCUGUUGGCUGAGCCCGUGACCCCCCAUCGGAUCAUCUUCUGCCGCAAACUGCAACUUCAGAGCCAAAUUUUCAACAUCAUAAGUAAACUUUUAGUUACAUUGCUAAAUAAUUAG